AUGGCCGCCGAACGUGCUCCUCCCCUCCGUCUGGGCUCCGUCGCCCCCAACUUCGAUGCGCAGACCUCCAACGGUCCCAUCAACUUCCACGAGUUCAUCGGCUCCAAGUGGACCAUCCUCUUCUCCCACCCCGAUGACUUCACCCCGAUCUGCACCACGGAGCUGGGCGCCUUCGCCAAGCUGGAGCCCGAGUUCACCGCGCGCGGUGUGCAGCUGAUCGGCCUGAGCGCCAACAACGUUGACUCGCACCACGCCUGGAUCAAGGACAUCGACGAGGUCUCCGGCUCCAGCCUCAAGUUCCCCAUCAUCUCCGACCCGGAGCGCAAGGUCGCCUACCAGUACGACAUGGUCGACUACCAGGAUACCACCAACGUCGAUAGCAAGGGUAUGGCCCUGACCAUCCGCUCGGUGUUUAUCAUCGACCCGAGCAAGAAGAUCCGUCUGAUCAUGACCUACCCGGCUUCCACUGGCCGCAACACUGCGGAGGUCCUCCGCGUCGUCGAUGCUCUCCAGCUCACUGACAAGCACGGCGUCACUUGCCCCAUCAACUGGCUGCCCGGUGACGAUGUGGAUGCCAAGAAGAAGUUCGGUGAGAUCCGUGAGGUCAAGCCCUACCUUCGGUUCACCAAGUUCCCCCAGUAG